AUGGAAAAAUCGAAAUUUGGUGUGUACGUGUACCGGUUCGUGAACAACUGUCGGAAGGUGAAGGCUGACCGGUCAACCGGGGUACUUACGGUAUCGGAACUACGUCGUGCAACGUUGAAGGUCAUCUGGAAGGUGCAGCGAGAAGGAUUUGCCGAAGAGAUUCAGAUGUUGCAGAGUGGAAGGACAAGUCAAAGUAAGUUGCUGCAGCUGUCUCCGUUCCUCGACACCGACGGGCUGCUACGAGUCGGUGGCCGUCCGAAGCAUGCAAGGAUUCCGUUUCAACGAAAGCAUCAGCUGCUGUUGCCAUCUGGACAUCACGUGACAAGGAUUCUGAUUGAGUCGUUGCAUAAGGAACAUCUGCACGUGGGCCAACAAGGUCUACUAGCCAUCGUUCGAAACCGUUACUGGCCGAUAAGGGGUAAAAUCGUUGUGCGGCAAGUUGUUAAGAAGUGUGUGCGUUGCUUCCGGAUGAAACCUCCGGAAAUAGAGCAGCUGAUGGGAAAUCUGCCGGAAUACCGCGUUGUACCUGCCCCAGCAUUUGCUAGAACCGGCAUUGAUUAUGCAGGACCCAUCUACAUCAAGCGAGGUCGUGGUCAGGUACGCGUGAAGGCCUAUAUUGCGCUUUUCAUUUGUAUGAGCACAAAGGCCAUACAUUUGGAGAUCGCGUCUGACCUUACAACCGAGGCAUUUCUGGCAACCCUACAGCGCUUCGUCGGCAGAAGAGGCACCCCUGAGCAGCUUUACUCGGACAAUGCCACAAAUUUUUGUGGAGCGCAAUCCGAGUUAACAGAACUGUACCAGCUUUUCAAGACGCAACAGGCAUCCGUGAAGAUUAACCAGUUCUGUGAGGCGAAAGAGAUACAAUGGUCCUUCAUUCCGCCCCGCUCGCCCAACUUUGGCGGGAUUUGGGAAGCUGGGGUGAAGGCGGCCAAAUCGUUGCUGAAGAAGGUACUGUGUGAAACUUCGUUGACCUACGAGGAGCUAACAACGGUGGUCGUACAAAUAGAGGCGAUACUCAAUUCGCGGCCGAUGACUCCGUUAACGAACGAUCCAAAUGACUUGACAGCAUUGACCCCUGCUCACUUUUUGGUGGGUCGUGAACUCACCUCUCCUCCUGAACCGAACUAUGAGGAAGUUAAGGUAUCGUCGUUGUAG